CCGAGUCACAGAGCCCCCCAAAACCCCAGGUUCCUUGUCCCUUUCCCUCCUUUUCCGAAGCCAACCGGCGCUGCUGGCUUUCGGCAUCGUCCCCACGCAGUAUCGCCUAUCACGGGACACAGUUUUGAGCCUCUCUGAGGCGGAAGAAAUACGAAGGAAAAAAAAAAAAAGAACUGGCCCAUAAUCAUUAUGGAUGAAGGCAUGAAAUUCCUGCACCAAACUCUCAUUGAAUCUGAAACGCAAGCAGAGCAUCUUCUUCUAGCACGGCAUCAGCUGGUUGAAAAUGAUAAGCUGCGGAAUGGAAACAGAGAAGCUCUAACUGCAUUACGUAAAAGAGCCAACACAACCAAAAGCAGCGUAUCGUCUCCAUUUGAGUCCUUGAUGAAAGGUGCUUUGGGUAAUGAAUCUCGUCCCUUGGUGAAGGAGGUAUGCCGAACUUGCGGUGGCCAUGAUCCAAAGGAGAAUACCUGGAUGAUGUUUUCAGGAUCAGAUAUUUUUGCUCGUAUACCUUUUCAUGCAGCUCAUACUAUUUUGGAGAAUGAUCAGGAGAAAGUAGAUUACGAAUCAAAGAAGCUGCAAAGUCUAGUGAAGGAGAAAACUUUGCGUAUCUCAGAUAGUGGAGCUUUAUCUGACAAGAUCGGUCCGGGAGUUCUUCGAUCAUUAGUGACUUUAACAGACAAAUCUAAAUGAAAUCCUUUUUGUAACCACAUGAGAACAUUGGGUUUUCUGUAUCAGCUAAUGUUAGCUCCCUUUGUAAGUGCCAUGAUUAUGGAUCACCUAAUUCUCUUA